GCCGCGUCCCCGGGAUGGGGGUGAAUGCUGUGCACUGGUUCCGAAAGGGGCUUCGGCUUCACGACAACCCCGCCCUGAAGGAGUGUAUUCAGGGCGCCGACACCAUCCGCUGCGUCUACAUCCUCGACCCCUGGUUCGCCGGCUCCUCCAAUGUUGGCAUCAACAGGUGGCGAUUUUUGCUUCAAUGUCUUGAAGACCUUGAUGCCAAUCUGCGAAAAUUAAACUCUCGUCUGUUUGUGAUUCGUGGACAACCAGCAGAUGUGUUUCCCAGGCUUUUCAAGGAAUGGAACAUUACUAAACUUUCAAUUGAAUAUGAUUCUGAGCCCUUUGGAAAGGAACGAGAUGCAGCUAUUAAGAAACUGGCUACUGAAGCUGGAGUAGAAGUAAUUGUACGAAUUUCACAUACAUUAUAUGACCUAGACAAGAUCAUAGAACUAAAUGGUGGACAACCACCUCUUACUUAUAAAAGAUUCCAGACUCUCAUCAGCAAAAUGGAACCACUAGAGAUACCAGUAGAGACAAUUACUUCAGAAGUGAUAGAAAAGUGCACAACUCCUCUGUCUGAUGACCAUGAUGAGAAAUAUGGAGUCCCUUCACUGGAAGAACUAGGUUUUGAUACAGAUGGCUUAUCUUCUGCAGUGUGGCCAGGCGGAGAAACUGAAGCACUUACACGUUUGGAAAGGCAUUUGGAAAGAAAAGCUUGGGUAGCAAACUUUGAAAGACCUCGAAUGAAUGCGAAUUCCCUACUCGCUAGCCCUACUGGACUCAGUCCUUAUCUCCGAUUUGGUUGUUUGUCAUGUCGACUAUUUUACUUCAAACUGACAGAUCUCUACAAAAAGGUAAAAAAGAACAGUUCCCCUCCCCUUUCCCUUUAUGGGCAACUGUUAUGGCGUGAAUUUUUCUAUACAGCAGCAACAAAUAAUCCACGCUUUGACAAAAUGGAAGGAAAUCCCAUCUGUGUUCAGAUUCCUUGGGAUAAGAAUCCUGAGGCUUUAGCAAAAUGGGCAGAAGGACGGACAGGCUUUCCAUGGAUUGAUGCCAUCAUGACACAGCUUCGUCAGGAGGGUUGGAUCCAUCAUUUAGCCAGACAUGCAGUUGCUUGCUUCCUGACACGAGGUGACCUGUGGAUUAGUUGGGAAGAAGGAAUGAAGGUAUUUGAAGAAUUAUUGCUUGAUGCAGAUUGGAGCAUAAAUGCUGGAAGUUGGAUGUGGCUGUCUUGUAGUUCCUUUUUCCAACAGUUUUUUCACUGCUAUUGCCCUGUUGGUUUUGGUAGGAGAACAGAUCCCAAUGGAGACUAUAUCAGACGUUAUUUGCCUGUCCUAAGAGGCUUCCCUGCAAAAUAUAUCUAUGAUCCCUGGAAUGCACCAGAAGGUAUUCAAAAGGUAGCCAAAUGUUUGAUAGGAGUUAAUUAUCCUAAACCAAUGGUGAACCAUGCUGAGGCGAGCCGUUUGAAUAUUGAGAGGAUGAAACAGAUCUAUCAGCAGCUUUCACGAUAUAGAGGACUAGGUCUUCUUGCAUCAGUGCCAUCUAAUCCUAAUGGGAAUGGAGGCCUCAUGGGGUAUUCUCCUGGAGAAAAUAUCCCAGGUUGUAGCAGCAGUGGAAGUUGCACUCCAGGGAGUGGUAUUUUACAUUAUGCUCAUGGAGAUAGUCAGCAAACUCACCUAUUAAAGCAAGGAAGAAGCUCCACGUGCACUGGUCUCAGCAGUGGGAAACGUCCUAGUCAGGAAGAGGACACACAGAGUAUCGGUCCUAAAGUCCAGAGACAGAGCACUAAUUAGAAAACAUUCAGAAGGAAUACCGUUGCAGCAGAAAUUGGUGGGCAGUUCAAUACUUUUUCAGUUAAAUUAUUUUAAAAUGUUCUUCAUUAAUGGAAAACAGUUACAUAUUGAAAUGCAUUAUUUCUAAUAACAUUUCUGUAGUUUUUAACUUUUUAAUGAAUUUGACAUAGGACAAAUGGUAAUUUGUAUAUAAAGAACUUGGUAAAAGAAUUUGCUUAAUGUAAAUAUAGUCACAAUUAGUAUAGACCCAUCAAUAUAUUUUUGAUAAUCUUUCAUGUAUGGUAAAAAUUAAAGUGGCAAACUGAUAUUCUGAUAUAAAAAUCAAAGUUUUGAGAGUCAGUGUGAGAAUAUAGGAUUUUAGACUUUAUUAAAAGACUGUUAAAAUUUUAAGACAGAAUUUUUCUUGACAUCAUUAUUUGGUCUAACUUUGAACUCUUUGACAAUAAUGUUUCAGAAAACGUGUAAUCAAAAUUGGUAGUUAUAGCCUCCAUUAACAUAGACAAUAUAUAUUUUAAAGCUUCAUGUAUGCCUGUUUUCACCCAAAGUUGUGGAUAUCAUGGUAUCAUGUGUUAAGUUCUUCUUGUCUCCCUUUCUUUGUUCAGUUACAGCUAAAGUGACUUUGUUAUUAAAGUAUAUGCAUAUAUGGAA